AUGGCAGAACACUGGAAAUCCACACCAAAGUACUGGUGCAAGCAUUGCUCCGUUUUCGUCCGCGACACCAAGUUUGAGCGCCAGAACCAUGAAGCUACCGCCAAGCACCAGUACGCGUUGAAGCGCUUCCUACGAGACCUACAUCGCGACCAUGAAAAGGAGGAGCGCGAGAAGGAGAGGGCGCGGCGGGAGAUUGCCCGGCUUGACGGCGUAGUAUCUGGAGCGUCGUCGUCUUCGCGGCCUGGACCGCGCGGGAGCUCACAGGCAGGGCCGGUGUCAGCUGGUUCGACUGAGGCCGAGCUCAAGAAGCAGAGGGAGCAGCUAGCGGAGCUAGGGGUGGCGAUGCCCGACGACUUUCGACUCGAGAUGGCGAUGGCUGGCGAAUGGACUGUCACAAGCACACGAGUCAUCGAGGAUAAACCUGCUGAAGGGGAGGACAGUAAGGAUACUAAGGCAACAGGGGUCCGCAAACGAGAAGUCACUGAGGAGGAGAAGGAGGAGGAGGAAGCUCUGCAGAGUCUGUUUAAGAAGCCGAGGAGGUGGGGUCGAGAUUCAAAAACUGUUGGCAACCAAGAUGAGGACGCAGACCUGGAUGCUCUUCUGAGCGGCUCGAUAUUGACACACCAAAAUCAGAAUGCCGGCGGAGACCUGAAUGUCAAAGCUGAGGAUGAGGCCCCCGAAUUCAAGGAGGAGGUCAAGAAGGAAGAACCAGACCCAGUCAAAAAGGAACCCGACACAGAGGUACAGGGUCUCACCAUGCCAGACGACACUGCAGAGCCGAAGCUAGAACCCCAAGUUAAAAAAGAGUACGGCGAGACGGGACCAGCACCAAUUGUAUUCAAGAAGCGGAAACCCAAAACGGUACGACAGAAGUAG